GGUACGCAGGUUUGAACGCACGUUAAUUGGUUUUUAACUCCAACAUGACAUCCGUUCAGCAAUUCUACAAAGGCUCAACGAUCCUGAUUUCCGGGGCAACUGGAUUUCUCGGUCAUAUUUUGUUGGAAAAGACCCUUAGGACCCUGCAGCCACGCAAGGUGUAUCUUCUGAUCCGAAAGAAAAAGGGACUGGACGCCCAGCAGCGGCUGCGUGAGAUGAUGAGGGGAGUAGUUUUCGACAGGGUUCGCUCGUUGUCUUCUGUAGCCAAGGUGGAAGCAGUUGAAGUGGACUCGAGUCGACCGGAUUUGGCUUUGGAUGCAGAAACGCGUCGUCAGCUGGAGGAAGAAGUUGAAAUUGUUUUUCAACUGGCAGCGUCAGUUAGUUUCAAUGAAUCCCUUGAAACAGCGCUGAGAGAAAACGUACAGAACAAUCUACAUCUGUAUGAAUUGGUGAAAUCAAUGGAAAAUCUACAAGCGGCAAUGCAAGUUUCGACGAUUUACUCAAAUUGCGAUCUUAAAACUAUUGGUGAAAAAGUGUAUAACGGUGUUGGGUUUGGAGGGUAUAAUUCUAUCCUAAAACUUCUAAGAGGACUGGAUGACAAGGAAAAGGAAGUGUUAACUCCAUUCAUCCUGAAAGGUUUACCUAAUACGUACACUUUCGCCAAAAAGUGUAUUGAGAGUCAGAUUGAACAAGAAUUUUCCCAUUUACCAUUUGGGAUAUUCAGACCACCUGGUAUAACGACCACCUACCGAGAACCUCUGGUAGGAUGGAUCAACAAUCUGUACGGAGCCGGUGGGUACGUCCUACCAUUGAUUUUCGGAUUGUACAGUGCGUUCUACGUUGAUAAUGCCACAGUUUUGAUGCUUGCCCCCGUGGAUUAUUGUGCUAAUGCCUUGCUAUUGAGUGCUUCCGAUGUGGCGAGGAACUUCAACAACCGUGGAAGUGAUAUACCUGUCUACAACUACACUGGCAAUUAUUGUCCAAAUGCUGGUGAUAUGUACAAAUAUUUAACCGAAGGAUUGCCGGUGCCUCAGAGAUACAUCUACCGUCACUUCAUGCACACUCGUACCUCGAACGAGACUCGCUAUCGCUUUGCCAUGCAGCUGAUGCGAGUUCACGCCUCGGCCCUGGAUCAGAUACGAAUUAUGACAGGGCAGAGACCGGGCAUCCGGAAAGCUAUCGAUCGUGCGCUUCAAAUGACGAACAAAUCGAGACCCCUGACGGUAACAAAGUGGGACAUAGAAAACGCAAAUAUCAGGCGAAUCCAGCAGAACUUGGACCCGAAAGAGCGGAAAAUGUUCAACUGCGAUCUGGGGAGUGUCGAUUGGCGCCAGCACUUUGCGGGUUUCAUUCCUGGGAUUAAAAAAUAUGUGCUGAAAAUGGCGUGAAAAUGUGCUUGAAUUUAUUAAUUUGUAUGUAGUAAAAUACAAUUGGACAACACA